AAUCUUUAAACCCACGACAGUAAACAAAAAAGAAAUCUUUAUUUUUGUUAAACAAGAGAUGGGUUUUUUAUGGAGAACGAGACUACGUGGAGCUAACGAGAAGAAGAUAACUCCGGUAAUAAGCUGGCCGGAAUCAGAACCGGAGUCAGAGAUAACAAUUCCACCGGAAUUUCAAUGUCCGAUCUCAAUCGAUCUAAUGAAAGAUCCGGUAAUAAUCUCAACAGGCAUUACUUACGACCGCGAAAGCAUCGAAACGUGGAUCAGUUCCGGCAACAAAACAUGUCCAGUCACGAACACUGUCUUAACCACGUUCGAUCAAAUCCCUAACCACACGAUUCGUAAGAUGAUUCAAGGAUGGUGCGUGGAGAAAGGAUCGCCGUUGAUUCAACGUAUUCCGACGCCACGUGUCCCUUUAAUGCCAUGUGAGGUCUACGAGAUUAGUAGGAAACUAUCGUCUGCGACGCGGCGUGGGGAUUUCGAGAAGUGUGGGGAGAUUAUUGCAAAGAUUAAGAAAUUAGGGGACGAGAGUGAGAAAAAUCGGAAGUGUGUUAACGAAAACGGCGUCGGAUUGGUUCUUUGUGAUUGUUUCGAGAAGUUCUCGGGAGAUGAGAAAUUAACGUUUAUGUUGAAGGAGAUUUUGUCUCUGCUGACGUGGAUGGUUCCGAUUGGGUCAGAGGGUAUUUUGAAACUUGCUUCUCCGUCGUCGUUUCGUUGCGUCGCGGGUUUGUUGAAGAGUACAGACGAUUCCGCUCGUCAAAACGCUGCGUUUUUGACGAAUGAAAUUCUCUCAUUAGACGAAACGCAAGUUUACGCGUUUGCGUUUGAGAACGCUAUCGCGGAAGCGUUAGUGAAGUUAAUUCGCGAUUCGAUGAUAGUUGAUGCUGAGAAUAGCGUUUGUGAAAAAGCGUUAGCGGUUCUAGACGCGAUUUGCGAAACCGAGAAAGGGAGAGAGGAAGUGAGGAAAAACGAGUUGGUGAUGCCGCUUUUGGUGAAGAAGAUACCGAAGGUUUCUGAAUCAGCGACUAGGAGCUCAAUGUCAGUGAUUUUGAAAUUGUGUAAAACAGAAAACGCGUUUGCGGUUGAAGAAGCGGUCCGUUUGGGUGCAUUUCAAAAGGUGUUGCUUGUGUUACAAGUUGUGUAUGGAGAAGAGACUAAGGAGAAAGCGACUGAGUUGUUGAAGAUGAUGAAUACACAAAUGAAAUUGAUGAAUGGUUGUGUUGAUUCUUUAAAGGAGUUUAAGUAUAUCAAGAAGCCAUUUUGAUGUUUUAGGAUAGAGAGAAAUUCAAAAGUAGAUAAAAAAAAUUGAUAAAAGUU